UGGUGGCGCGGCUGGAGCUGCGCCCCGUAGCAUGCGGCGAGGAGCAGGUAGCCGGCGGUAACGCUCAGAGCAAGGCCUGGGGUAGGCUUGAAACAGGCUGGCCUAGGUACCUCAGGGCAAGUCUACGCCACGGUGCUAUGCAGGCGCCGCAGCAGCGAUGGAGAGAUUCUUCCGUCAGCAUCGUGACGCCGCCUCCGCAAGAAGCGGGAGAUUUCAAUUUGAAAAAGAAGCAGUUGUAAGCACCUUUUGAGAAGAAACUAUUUUGAUCACUUCACCAAAAUGGUAGUUUUUACCUGCAGUGCAUGUGGAGAAUCUGUGAAGAAAGGGCAAGUUGAAAAACAUGUAAACAUUUGCAGAAACUGCCAGUGCCUUUCUUGCAUGGAUUGUGGCAAAGAUUUCUGGGGUGAUGAUUAUAAGAGCCAUGUGAAAUGUAUAAGUGAAGAUCAGAAAUAUGGUGGCAAGGGUUAUGAAGCCAAAGCUAACAAAGGAGAUGUUAAACAACAGGAGUGGAUCCAGAAGAUUCAUGAAGUAAUAAAGAAGCCAAACAUUAGCCCCAAAGUGAGAAACAUCUUGGAGCAAAUGCACACCUAUGACAAUAUUCCAAGAAAAAAGGUCAAAUUUCAGAAUUGGAUGGUGAACAGCUUUAAUGUUGACAAUAGUGCUCUGCAAGACCAGGUGUGGGAUAUCUUUUCUGAAGCAACCAGCAACGGGUCAAGCAAAAAAGAACUAGAGAAACCAUUGCAAAAAGUAGGAAGCCAGCCUGUAAAAAGUGAAGUAAACCCAUUGUCUACAGAAAACGAAAUGACGGCUGAUAAACUUGAGGAGAAGAAAAAGAGUAAAAGAGAGCGAAAAGAAGAAAGACAAAAGAACAAAAAGACAGAGAAAAAAGACAUGAAAUUAGAAAGCCAACGAGAGAACUUUGAAAAUAAAAAAGGAAAAAAGUCUAAGAAAGAAAAGGAAGCUACUGAGGAUGAAAAUGAGGGAACUUCCAAAAGCAAUAAUGCAGAAAGGAAGAAGAAAAAGCAUGAGAGGAAUAAUAUAGCUCAGGUGGAAAUAAAUGGAAAUGGUAAUCAUAAUGAAGAAGAACAAACAAAUACAAAGAAACAAAAACGUAAACAUGCAGAAGAAGAACCUUGCACCACAACAAAAAGAAUGAAAUAUAUAAAAACAUCUGCAACAACAGAAACUGAAAAAAGUGAGGAUGCAGCCAUGGAAACUGAAGAAAUUGGGGAUGUAGAUAAAGGUAAAUUCAACUGGAAGGGAACUAUCAAAGCUGUUCUGAAGCAAGCUCCAAACAAUGAAAUUUCAAUAAAAAAACUAAGAAAAAAGGUUUUAUCCCAAUAUCAUGCAGUAUCUGGUGAACAUCAUAAAUCACAAGAGGAUCUUCUAGUAAUAUUUAAUAAGAAAGUGAACAAUAAUCCAAAAUUCAAGGUUUUAAAGGACAAAGUUAAACUUAUGAAAUAGAAAAUAAGUGGUUUCAUAAUGAUCAAGUUUUACAAUUGCAGACUGUCCAAAUUGUCCUAUCACGUAUGCAAACACAGCUUUCACUGACUUCAGUAGACGCUGAGUAUGUAUCACAGCAUAAUUUAGCUGUAAUUCUAUUCCUGGAUUCCCCCCUCCUUUUCUUCCCUACACUUAUAUGUACAACUGAAAUUUGGGAAUGGUUGCAUAUGUUUUCAGAAAUUUUGAUUUUACAGAAAAUAUAUUUUUGGUAGAAUGUUUAACAGACAUUGGAAAAUUGUUGCCUAUUCUAUUAAAAUCCUUUUCAUGUUACUGAA